ACACGACACCCACUUCUCUUCUUCCUUCCUUCCCCUCCACACACGACACAGUCAAACUCUCCCGAGAUCUUCUCUUGUCGAAUUUUGGGGGUAAAUAAGCUCCUUCGGUCUCCUGAUAAUCAUCAAUUUUUCUGUCGAGAAAAAGCAAAGUGGGAAACUUUCUUGAAAUGGGAAAGAGUGCUUCCGUUGCUGCCCUGAUAGUUGUGUUGACAAUGGCGGUGUGCUCAGAGGUGGGCCUGUGUUGGGAAGAAGAAGCGAAGGAGCGGAUGAAUCACGCGGUUGAUUGGGCUCGUGACAAGUUCUCUGAGGGGCUUAAGAUCAGACAAGACACGGCUCAAAAUGUGAUGGAUAAGGCUGGGGAUGCUGCUUCAAGAGCGACAGGGACCAUCAUUAACCAAGACAUGGCUCAAAACGGGAUGGAUGAGGCUGGGGAUGCUGCUUCAAGAGCAACAGGGACCAUCAACUCAGCUGCUUCUGAGACAUCGAAGUACGUUUCUGAGAAGGCUGGUGAAAUGGGAAGCUCCACCUCUGAGCAUGCAAAGGAAGCCAUUAAAAUGGCUUCGGAGACGGCUAACAAUGCCAAAGAGUCGAUGCAGGACAUCACAGGAUAUGGCAAGGAUGAGAAAUCUGCCAAUGCUGAUUCCGCCACCAUGAUGGGAAACUGGAAGUCAAAUGAGAUAGAAGAAGCCUAUGAGGAAGCUCUUAAAAGGGUUGGGCAAUCGUAUGGAGCGGCAAAGGAGACUGUGUCUGACCGGGCCAAGUCCACUUACGAGGCUGCGAAGGAGGCUGCUUCGGAGGCGACAGGAAAACUGGGGUCGGAGAUGAGGAAGGAAACUGCUGAGCUUUGAGGGCUUCAUCAGGGACCUGUAAGUUUUAUGUUAGUACUGGCCUGUUUGGGCUACGAGUCUUCUUUGUAGUUGUUAUGUUGUACUCGAAUCUGUAUUCCUCUAGCAUAUAUAGCUUAUAGCUCUAGAGAAGAAGGAGAAUGAUUCCUGGCUUAAUAAUACAAUGUAGAGAAUAAUCUACAGCCUUUAUGAAUAGAAAUGCUUCCUUGGCAUA